AUGUUUGUGAAUUACGAGCGGUAAUGGUCCGGUCAAGGUGGGAUUUAGUAGACCUGGCGUCUGUCUUUUAUCAGUGUUUAACAGCUCUUGCUGCUGUCCAUCGGCGGAGGGGCUAUCAAAAGCGAAACGACACAGCGUUGGCCACCAACGUCGGCAGUAUCCUGUUGUAGACUAUGAGUGUGGGUGAUGGAGGACAAUCAAUGUGGGGACUUGGACUACCUGAUCCAAGAUGAGGACACCCUCAUUGAAGGUGUAAGCAACCAGGUCUUAUUUGUUGUGGUGCUCAGUUUCGCCUUCCUUGCAGGCCUCCUCACUCUGCUCUGCAGACAAGAGCAGCUGAACAUUCAUCCUGAGAAUCAGGAGCAUGUUCGAGCCGUCCGACAACAACUACAAAAUGAGCAGCAGGAUGAAAAUCCCCAGGCGGAGGCCAGGCAGCAGUAUUACUCAGACAUGUCUUGUCCUGUGUGCUUACAGCAGGCUGUCCUGCCUGUGGAAACCAACUGCGGACACCUUUUCUGUGGCUCCUGCAUUAUAGCAUACUGGAGGUAUGGCACUUGGCUGGGUGCUAUUAACUGCCCCAUCUGCAGACAAAUGGUAACAUUGCUCUUCCCACUAUUUCAUGAGCAUGCCACUCCUCAGAGGGUCCAGGAUGGCGAGGCAGAACCUCAGCUUAUAUUACGAGACAUCAACGAUUACAACCGCAGGUUCUCAGGCCAGCCAAGAUCUUAUAUGGACAGGCUGCGCGAUGUGCCCACCCUGCUUCGUCAUGCCUUUAGGGAGAUGUUCUCUGUGGGUGGCCUCUUCUGGAUGUUCAGGAUUCGUAUUCUUCUCUGCCUAGUUGGUGCAAUCACCUACCUGGCCUCGCCGCUCGACAUCCUCCCCGAGGCGCUUUUCGGUCUCCUGGGAUUCAUGGAUGAUUUCUUUGUAAUCCUGCUUCUCUUUGUGUACAUCUCGAUCAUGUACAGAGAGGUGGUUACACAGAGACUGAACGGCUAGGCGAUCACUCAGAAAAGAGGCCUUAACCCGCACAUGUCAGACUCGAGAAUUGAAGAGCUCAGCAGCAGAGGUGACUGAAUAAAUGUGCAAAGGACAGUUGAUCAAUAAUGCUGCUUUUCUCAGAAGGGUUAACUUUAAAAACUGAGAUGUUACUGGAGAAGAGCUAGCUAGCUAUUGUUGACUCUGUAUAUAGAAUUCAUCGUUAAUGUUUCAUAGUUUGAAUGUGGUCAAAGCCAACAGCAACACAACAUAAGGAGGGCUGUGGAGGGAUGUGAUGGUGUAGAAAUCAACAUUGAAUCAGACACUGCAGUAAGUCAGACACAGUCCUAACUGAAUACCAGCCAAUUCUUUGACAGCAUUGCCAAAAGCAGUUGUUUUGUUAGUGUGCACAUCCUCAUAAAGAAGACAAUAUUGUAA